AUGCCAUCAACUAAUACAUUUGAUCAAUAUUCAGCAUCUUACGAUCUUCCAUCAUCAACAAUAACAACAUGUAAUAAAAUAUCAAUUCCAUUUACAUAUUAUCAUCAUUCACCAAUAAAAUCUAAAUGUUACAAUAAACAAAAUCAUGUAUCUUAUGUAACUAAAGCAACUAAUUUUGAAAAAAUUUCUGCAUGGCUUGAUCAUACAGAAAUGAUGACAAAUGAUGAACAAUAUUUAGAUGAGUUAUUAUUUAUUGAUGAAAUUCAAGAACAAUCAAUAUCAUCAUCUCCUAUUGAAAUUGAUUAUCAAAUAAUCAUGAAAAAAACUUCAUCAACUAGUAAAACACCUAAACGAAGUACAUCACUGGUUGCUACAUUAAAUCGACCAGUAAUUGAACAAAAACAAUAUGAACGAGCAGUUUCUCCUACAGCAUCAUUUACUUCAUCGAUUCUUACAAAAGGAAUGUUUGAAAGAAUGACACCACAAAAAAGUGCUCAUCAAUCUCGUACAAAUCUAACAGAUGAACAAACAACAAAUUUAUUAACAAAAUCAAAUCGUCGUCGUGCAAUUGAUUUUUCACGACGACGAACUGUUGCUAGUUCAAAUGAACAAAAUAAUUAUAAUAAUAAUGAUAAAGAAAAUGUUCCAAGCAAUCGUCGACAACAACUCUACCGGUUUUCUCCUUCAACAUCUAAUAAUAUUGCAACAAAAACAUAUUACUUUCAUCCAAAGCCAUCUGUAAAAAAUGAAGAUAUAUUAAUGAAUUCAUAUGGAUUAACACUUCUUCAACAACAACCAAUAAUACAUCAACGACAAUCUCUAUCUUCUGUUAUGAUGACAUCAAAAAUUCCUGACAAUUCUUCCAUAAAUUCAUCAUAUAAACAACAAAAUCAUCAAUCAUCUAUUCAUUUACCACAGCAACAAUAUUCAUCUGAUUCAUUAGAUGAUUUACUUUGUGAUCGUGAAGUAGAAAGUUAUUUUUAUCCAGAUAGACGACAAUCUCCUACUUCUCUUCCGCAACAUGUUUAUACUAAUUUAGAAUCACCACCCCAUUAUUAUCCACCGCCACCACCUUAUAUUCAUGGUACACUAUGUUAA